GUCUGUGAGCCGCAGCUUGACCAGGAUGCAGACCCUGAGAGUUCGGACUUGAGAAAACAAUGCUCAUCCUAAUCAGACACGAUCAACACGUAGCAUUUCAUCAUGGACAAGGAUGACAGGAAGAGAAACAGGAACAUUGGGAAGAACUUUAUAUGCCGACUACAGUGUAUGUUUUCACACUCCUCAAGCUCGAAGAGCAGGCUAAGUUUAGAAGAUAUCCAACAAUGGUCAGAGUCACUGGAAAGGCUCCUUGAGUCCAAAUAUGGACUGGCGACCUUUUGCAACUUCCUCAAGUCCGAGUACAGCGAUGAGAAUAUUGACUUCUGGCUCACCUGUGAGGAUUACAAGAAGAUCAGGUCUUCCUUCAGGAUGUCCUCAAAAGCCAAAAAGAUUUAUGAGCAGUUCAUCAGAGCAGAAUCUCCUAAGGAGAUCAACAUCGACUAUCAGACCAAAGAGCAGAUCAAAAGGAACGUCAAGGCUCCCACGGUGCACUGCUUUGACGAAGCUCAGAAAAUAGUUUACGGGCUGAUGGAAAGAGACUCAUAUCCACGGUUCCUCCACUCUGACAUUUAUAGGACUCUCCUAGAAAACUUUGCUGCCGAAGCAACGAAAGGGUGAAAGUAGAGCGGGGGAAACGAGAACAGAAAAGUAUAAAACCUGUAACUGGAACGUCUGAGCUCCCUCAAGAGGAAGGACUGAUAGCAAAGAAGGCAGACACAAUGCACACCAUGAUCUGGAACCUGACCUCGGUGGCAUCGAUCAACAAACUUUGCCUUUGUCUCAUUACAGUGAGGACGCCGCACUACAGAUCACACCGCCAAGAAGGGGGAACCAGAGGUAAUGGACCUGCAGUGUGCACAAACUGGCUGAUAAGUUUGUGCACACACAUGAACUAUAACAUUCUGACAGUGACUGUGUCAGUCAGGCUCGGACUGAAUGGGGAGCAAAGAGAGAAGCCAUGUGACGGACCUCCUUUGUCCUUCUUUGCAACGAGGUUUCCUGUAAAGAUCAGGAAAUAAUUAACAAGACGCAGUGUAUCUGCAUGUCUGUGUGUGUGUUUGUGCGUGUGUGUGCUGUAGCAUCCAACUGCAAUAAUCUGUCAGCAAAAUGAGUUGGCAGAAGCAGCCCACAGGAAAUUACCAGGGCUUUGUGCUCAUGUGACAUCCAUAGAUGGGGAUUAUAAAAUAUGAGGCCAGUGUUUUUCUUCAGAUUAGAAUUGAGAGUGACAUUUUAUGUUAUUUAUGGUUGUUGAAAACUUAUUUUUAUACAGAAAGCAUUUGUUGCAAAUGACACAACAAUGAUACUGAAGCUUUUAUCAAUAAAAAAGUCAGCCCUGCAGGUGGCAGUGAUACAACAGAAUGGAGGUCAGUUUCUGCAAAUACCUAAAUAAUAGAAAGCUAUGAUAAGAAAGAUAAUUACAUCAGUAACAUUUUUAUGGUUAAUAAAAUAUCGAAAACAAUAAUAAUAUUAAUAAUAAUAUAAUAAUAUUUGUGUCACAAAAUGUAAAAUCAGGAUUAUUUUAGGCAGGAAGGUAAAGUACUUUGAAUGUUUUGUUAUUUGUAUUUUAUUUUCUUUUUAGUGUAGAGAACACUGCUCUGUGAUGUAGUACUCUUGGUUUCAGACACAUUUCCUAUAAGCUAUAUGUUCUAACUGUAUCUACUGUGUAUAAAUUAAUCCUAUAUUCUUAUCACACUACCUGCUGAUAUAUUUGACUUGAUAUUUUGCUUAACAUAAAACAAUAUUUUUCUACCAGCAGACAAAACUCACCCAUGCAUUUAAAUUGCUGUUUUAGCACCUCCUACAGGUUUGGAAAGGGGCUGCAGAUUUUGUUUUUACUAACCUGAAAAUGUCAAACUAUUUUUUUAGUGACCAAAAGCCAGGAAUAUUUUACUUCAACUCCUGAGCACAAAACUAUGUAAACCAAACACAUUAAUAGUUGUAAUUUCUAAUUAAUUAUUAUGAUUUCAAGUUCACAAUGUAACUGUAGAAUUUUCUGAUUGUGUGCUUGGAUGAAACCGUAUUGUUUCCAAAAAGUUGAACACUGUAUUAUUUAUUCUUCAGAGUCACCGUUUGACUACAGCGUUUGUUGCAGUGAUGGCUUGAUGUUUGUUCAAAAUGUUUUGGUUUGAGAUGACAUUAAAUUAUAUCAACUGCUCUCUUA